CGGAGCUGCGGCCCCAAAUGAGGUACGAUUUCCCAUUUGGCUCCGUCUUCCCGGAGCGCCGCUGGAACCACGGCCGUCCCGGUCCCCCGUGCUCAUGGCUCUGCGCUCCGCCGGUGGUCCCCGCUCCCAGCCCCGACGUGGAACGGCCGCAUCCCCCCUAUAAAAUGAAGGGAGUGGGAUCUCCGCGCGGGCGGCGGGAGCCGCUGUUACGCCUGUCGGAGUUGAGCAUGGAGGGAGGUGAAACAGCCACCUGAACGCGGAGAAACACCCGAGCCAACAACAAGUAGUCUCGCCUGGCAGAGUGGCUGGGGCCGGAGCCCGCCGGGAACAGAAGCCGCUGUCGCUCCUCCGGCAAAGGCAGAAGCUCGUCCCCCACCGACCUGCCGGCGACCGGCUGCCCCUCUCCCAGCGACCGGCGCGCCCCCCUCCCGAUCCCCGCCGCCGCCUCCCGCGCUCUCCCCAGUCAUGUCCCACCCGGAGCGAUGGGGAAGCUCGAGGACAACGAGAGGGUGAUCCUCAACGUGGGGGGCACGCGGCACGAGACCUACCGCAGCACCCUGAAGACCCUGCCGGGGACCCGCCUGGCUCUGCUCGCCUGCGAGUCCCAGAGCGAGUCCCCGGGCGGCGAGGAGCCGCCGCCGGCCCCCAACCCGCCACCGCCUCCGGCGGGCGGCUGCCCGGAGCCCAGCAGCGGCUGCGGCCCCCGGGGCAGCGGCGGAGCCAGCGAGUUUUUCUUCGACCGACACCCAGGGGUCUUCGCCUAUGUACUCAACUACUACCGCACCGGCAAGCUGCACUGCCCCGCCGACGUCUGCGGGCCGCUCUUCGAGGAGGAGCUGGCCUUUUGGGGCAUCGACGAGACCGACGUGGAGCCCUGCUGCUGGAUGACCUACCGCCAGCACCGCGACGCCGAGGAGGCCCUCGACAUCUUCGAGGCACCUGACCUGCUGACGGGCGAGCCGCCGCCCGACGGCGACGACGACGACUUGGCCGCCAAGAGACUUGGCAUCGAGGACGUGGGGGCGGCCGCCGAGGGCAAGGGCGGGCGCUGGCGGCGGCUGCAGCCCCGUGUCUGGGCGCUCUUCGAGGACCCUUACUCCUCCCGUGCCGCCAGGUUCAUCGCUUUUGCCUCUUUAUUCUUCAUCUUAGUUUCAAUCACAACCUUCUGCCUGGAAACACAUGAGGCUUUCAAUACUAUUAUAAACAAAACUGAGCAAGUCAUCAAUGGGACAGAAGCUGUGUUACAGUAUGAGAUUGAGACAGAUCCUGCACUGACAUACGUGGAAGGAGUCUGCGUGGUGUGGUUUACAUUUGAAUUUUUAGUACGUGUUAUUUUUUCUCCCAACAAACUUGAAUUCAUCAAAAACCUCUUGAAUAUCAUUGACUUUGUGGCCAUCCUGCCCUUUUACCUAGAAGUGGGCCUGAGUGGGCUCUCCUCCAAAGCUGCUAAGGACGUGCUUGGUUUCCUCAGGGUGGUAAGGUUCGUCAGGAUCCUCCGGAUUUUCAAGCUCACCCGGCACUUUGUGGGCCUCAGGGUGCUGGGCCACACUCUGCGAGCCAGCACCAAUGAAUUUCUGCUGCUGAUAAUAUUCCUGGCCCUCGGUGUUUUGAUAUUUGCCACUAUGAUCUACUACGCAGAGCGGGUGGGAGCCCAGCCUAAUGACCCGUCGGCGAGUGAACACACACAGUUCAAAAACAUCCCCAUUGGCUUCUGGUGGGCUGUAGUCACCAUGACCACCCUGGGAUAUGGGGAUAUGUAUCCACGGACUUGGUCAGGCAUGCUGGUGGGAGCCCUGUGUGCACUGGCAGGAGUGCUCACCAUAGCCAUGCCCGUGCCUGUGAUAGUUAACAAUUUUGGGAUGUACUACUCCCUGGCCAUGGCAAAGCAGAAACUGCCAAGGAGACGAAAGAAGCACAUCCCUCCUGCUCCUCAAGCCAGCUCACCCACUUUCUGCAAGACAGACUUGAACAUGGCCUGCAAUAGCACGCAGGGUGACGUCUGCCUGGGCAAGGACAACCAGCUGAUGGAACACAACAGAUCAUCAGUGUUAUCAGGUGAAGACAGUGCAGGAAGUGAGCAGCCACUCUCACCUGGUGAAAGGCUCCCUCCCAUCAGACGUUCUAGUACAAGAGACAAAAACAGAAGAGGGGGAACAUGUUUCCUACUGACAACAGGUGAUUACACGUGUGCUACUGAUGGAGGGAUCAGGAAAGAUAACUGCAAAGAGGUUGUCAUUACUGGUUACACGCAAGCAGAGGCCAGAUCUCUUACUUAAUGGCUUGGGGAAGGCACAAAACAUGCAAGAAAGUGUUGUACAGAAUUUAUCAUGGAUUUUUGACUGCUGAAAAAGGGACAAUGGAAUUUAGCCAUACCAAGGACUGUACUGGAAAGAGACUGCUGCUGCUGAAUGGACCCUGAUAAACGACUCACACCUUGAGGAGGUCACUGAGACUUUGCGUGCGAAGUAGAGCUUGUUAAAGAAGAUGAAAGACCGCUCAUAAUUACUGCUGCCAGAGGAAGGGGUGACUAGUCACUGUUGAUGAGUCAGUGUAAAUAAAAUGUGUGUGCAUGGAAUAUCAGUUUUUAUCUGUAUCAAGGAAAGCUGAAUUCAUGUCAUCAUUGCUAAGGCUCCAUGCAGAGACCCACACCCCUGUGUUUAUUAUUCCUGGUUCCUGCAGUAAGCUGUGCUGUGGAUCAUACAAAGACACACACUUAAUAAUGGUAGUGAUGUAAACUACAUCUGUCUUGACUUCUGUCAUACUAAUGGCAUAUAUUACAAAAGUCACAAAUUUGAACAGAGUAGGUUUGCAUAAGUCCUUGCUUUCUCAGUUUGCCAUGACCUAAAUUGUUAUGAGUUCUAGUGUACAUGCCAAGUCUUAAGUUUACUUUCCACUUUAAUAACAAAAAUGUGACUGCAGACAAACAUCACUGGCUUUAUUCACAGCACACAGUCUUCUUUUAAUGUUACCUCAAACUAUAAGUAUUAUCAGAAAUAAAAUUCUGGCAGCAAGAAUAUUUUGUGGGGUUUUUUUUUGUUUGUUUGCUUUGUUUUGUUGGUUUUUUUUAAAUUCAAAGUGUUGCAAAUCCAACCUUAUUAAGUAUAAAAAUUGUAUUAAAAUUAUAUUCUACAGAUGUAUAUUUUACAUAAAAUAUAUAUUCUUUGAUAAGUUAUUUUCUGUGAUUUUUGUGGUAAAUGGAUCUAGUCUAUUAUAUGUUUAUGAGACAUUGUAGUGCUACGAUGUGGUAAUUAUGUUCUCUCCAUCCUGCUCAAUUGGAAAUUCUCCAGAAUCUGUUUUGUCACCCUGGUGUCCUGAUUGUAGGGACCUGUCCCAGUUGUGAAACUCUGUAUCGUGGAACAUCUGUGAACAUGUCAAGGUGCAUGCACAAUCCUGGUGGAAACCAGUGGAAAUGUAAUACCUGAAUUGGAGAAUAAAAGGCAAAAGACCUGGGGAGGAACUUGGAGAA